AUGUGCUGGAAGUGCGGCCUGAGCAGCCUCGUCAUAAGUCCACCAGGUUUGAAGUCACGCAGGAAUUUGCGCUUGGUCGUCCUGAUGCCUGUGUUUGACUGCAUGUCCUUGCCGGCAUGCGGAGAAGGAAGGCGUUUGAUCUCCGCCAGUCGAUCCAUGUACUCUGCCCAAAUGGGUGCUACAUUUGGAUCAUCGGGGCCAUGUGCAGAGUUUCAGCGUCGCAGGGAGAAAGUCGAGAACACACGAGACACGAACAGAGUGGUCCUCGUCAUGACAGGAGGUGGCGGCCAGGACGUGCCGUGGCCAGAACAGCUGGCGAUGGAAGGUAUUGGCCGGCCGCUGCAUGUGCUGGUUGUCACUGGCAGGAACGAGGAGUUCAAGACUCGCCUAGAGCAUGCUCUCACGAAUUCUGCCGAGUUCAAUGAUGGCCGUGUCGUACUCCAAGGAAACGAUGCAAACGUAACCGUGGAAGUUGCGCAAGAGCCUGGGCAUCAAGGAGGACCAAACGCGACAUACCUCAGCACCGAGCGCUUGGUGCUGCUCAUGGACAUCGCAGAUGCCAUCAUUACGAAGCCAGGGGGUGGGACAACGGCCGAGAUCUCUUAUCGGGGCCUGCCUGCGGUGUUUGAUGCAACGCGCGGGCUCCUCCACUGGGAGGAGUUCACUGUUCAUGCUUUCGAGCAGCAAGGCCGUGGGGAGCGCUUCGUGUGGCCACAGCAGCUGGGACAGGUCUUGUCCACAGCUCUGAAGCGGCCAAGAUCGUCAUCGUUGGUUGAGGACCCGGCAAAUCCGGGCCAUGUGCUCGACCCAGGGCCCUGCAUCGUUGCAGAAGCCGAGAAGCUCAUGGAAGUUCCAUGCCAUCAAUGCAAGCUUUUCUCGGACAACCCUGACAACACGUGA